UUUGAGUGAUGUUUCAUGUGUAGUUGCAACACUGCUGCUGGCUGUGAGUGUAUAAGAGUAUAUGGGUGUGUCAGGCUUUUAGUUUGUGCUCUGGUGAUAUCUGCUGUCCACCAGUAUGCAGACGAUAAAGUGUGUAGUUGUGGGGGAUGGAGCCGUUGGUAAAACGUGCCUGCUGAUAUCGUACACAACCAACAAAUUCCCAUCGGAGUACGUACCGACAGUGUUUGACAACUACGCGGUGACGGUGAUGAUCGGCGGAGAGCCGUACACGCUGGGUCUGUUUGACACGGCUGGACAGGAGGACUACGAUCGGCUGCGCCCGCUCAGCUACCCGCAGACGGACGUCUUCCUCGUCUGCUUCUCCGUCGUGUCACCGUCGUCGUUCGAGAACGUCAAGGAGAAGUGGGUACCUGAGAUCACUCAUCACUGCCAGAAGACGCCGUUCCUGCUCGUCGGCACGCAGGUGGACCUGCGCGAUGACCAGUCCGUGCUCGACAAGCUGGCGAAGAACAAGCAGAAGCCGAUCGCGCUCGAGCAGGGCGAGAAGCUGUCCAAGGAGCUGCGUGCGGUGAAGUACGUCGAGUGCUCGGCUCUCACGCAGAAAGGACUAAAGAAUGUAUUUGAUGAAGCCAUACUUGCAGCACUCGAACCACCGGAACCCCCUAAGAAGAAAAAGUGCAUCAUCUUAUAAACGAAUGUGGCUCGUGCCAGUCGGCUGAUUUUCUCUCUCAGUUAUCGUUAUGUGUCGUCUUCUUUUCGACUCAACCUUCCUCUUCUCUACAGUAUUUGUCUUUAAAGGUUGAAGGUCGUAAGUCUAUGUCAGUUGAAGGCGUUGAUUUAGCCGUUCGCGUGUGGCUUAGACACUGGGUCGUGCAGAAACGUCGGUAAAUUGAGGUGAAAUAAAUGUGAUUGCUUACUUGCUGAGAGAGCAAGCAAGACCAAUGUAAACGGUAAAAUUUACGAGGACAAAUGAAGCUCCGCUUGGUAUCCUUGGUACCGUCUAAGCAAGUUUCACGUGCUUCCUGUCAUUCAACCAUUGUUAAAAGCAGACAAGAGCUUUAAUGAUCUCCAGUGAUGAUGCAUCCAAGGCUGGUACCCGACCUAUGCUUAAUGACCCACGAUGAUUAAGCUAGGGUAGCAUUGAGUGUUCAGAUCCAUACUUCGUGUCUGGCUUCGAUUGGUUGCCGAAUCACCUCUGGACUGCCAUCAUAUACAAUCUGUAUACAUGUGAUUGCUUUGCUUGUGACGCACAAAGUGCCAGCCACACUGCCUCACCCAUCCUUCUCUAUUUCCAAUCAUUGUUUCCCAUUUCCGUGACCAACGUCUACACACGCUGCUUUCCUUGGCUAUGGCACUGCCUAGGAGGCCGUAAAUUAGCCGAGAAUGAGUGAAAUGAACCGACAACCAACCAUUCAACCCUUUACUAUUGUUAUUCAGAUAAGAAGAGACUUUACCACCUUGUUGUGCUUAUAUGUCUAACGGCAGUAGUCUCCGCAGUGCGUUUCAACCAAACGUAAGUUAGGAUAAGGUCCCGAGAUGCGAAUUAUCUGUAAAAAGUAGGACCUGACCUAAAGUGACACUGAGAAUGGUCCUGGCCUAGGAUGACACUGAGAAUGGUCCUGACCUAGGAUGACACUGAAAAUGGUCCUGGUCUAGGAUGACACUGAGAAUGGUCCUGACCUAGAAUGACACUGAAAAUGGUCCUGGCCUAGGAUGACACUGAGAAUGGUCCUGGCCUAGGGUGACACUGAAAAUGGUCUUGACCUAGGGUGACACUGAGAAUGGUCCUGACUUAGGAUGACACUGAGAAUGGCCCUCACCCAGGGUGACACUGAAAAUGGUCCUGACCUAGGAUGACACUGAGAAUGGUCCUGGCCUAGAAUGACACUGAGAAUGGUCCUGGCCUAGGAUGACAAUGAGAAUGACCCUGACCUAGGAUGACACUGAGAAUGGUCUUUGCCUAGUAUGACACUGAGACUGGUCCUGACAUAGGAUGACACUGAGACUAGUCCUGACAUAGGAUGAGCCAUGGCCUGCUUCAGCAUCACUUAUAAACCAGUCUCUUUUUGGUUGUCGUGGACCAACAUGUCGCUGUCACUGUCAAGGUCUACUCUCCGUUUCUAGACCUACCUCAGUAGAAAUGGUAUAGGAUUGGAAGAUCAUGAAGUUAUGUGCGCGUGAAAGUUCGUCUACGUCUAGUGUUGUAUGUUUAAACGUUAUGUGCAAAGGUGUUUCUGUAAGAGCGCUGGUCUUUUGCAUUAUGGUGGUUUUGUUUCGAUGCUCUGAAUCUCAACGUUUUGUAACCAUCGGAAAUCUUUUAAACUGUGAGAGGUCAGUGUCCUCAUUAUGUUAUUGAAAUUAAGAUGUAAUAUGGAAUUGGGUGCGUGAGUGUAUAGAAGAUUGUAAUUUCGAAGAAAUGCUCCUUUCCGUUUUUAUUUGUAUAUUCAGGACCAGUAAGUGUGCGUGAUUCUGAAGCUAGUAGAAUAAUCUUUCCUACUAUUCUUGAUUAAUGAAAUACAAUGUAUAACUUUGUUUGCCGUGCACGUAUAGGUAAUGCUACACAUAGCAAAGCGAUAAAAGAAACUAACCAUCUAAACACUGUAAUCAUGAGUGGAAUUUCUUGCAAUUCCAUGCAUUUCAUCUUGCAAUUCAAUUUCUUGCAUUUCAACUUGCAAUUCAAUUUCUUGCAACUCGGCUCGCUUGAAAAUUCUUGCUUAAAUCAGAAAUGCUAUUUCGUCGGCACGUGUUACUAACAUGUGCGUGUUACUUUUUUAAUCUACCAUGCCUGCCUCAACUGAGCAUACGUUCAGUAUGCUGCAAUGACAGAAAAUCAAUGUAGUAUGUCAGGUUUUGCUUUUAUUUAGAAACCACUUAAAACAGUUAUUUAAGUUAGUAGAAAACGCAGAUAUUUCGCCUUUCUACAAAAAUGUCAACAUACGUGCGUGCUUUUCGAUAGGAUCUUUAUGUUGAUUUGCUAUUCAUGCAGCUUGAUUGUGCAGAUAAAGUGACUGUGAUUGGAACAGCGUAAAAUCGCAUUUGUUUUAGAUCAUUGAAUAAAUUCAACGUUUUUUUAUUAAA